AUGACCGUUCAUUUGUUUGACUCAGGAAGAGGAAAUGGUUUCUUGUUCUUUGGAGAGGGUCCACAAGGACUCAAAUCAUGGAGCCCAUUAUCAAUUAUUAAUGAGUGGUGUAUAAGAAUGGAGUGCAUGCCGUUCCCUCCACCAGGGUACGUGUGGAAUGGAGUGAAGGGGGAAGCCUUGAUAGAGUUGAUUAAGGUCAGGAGAGAAAAGGCCGAGGUUGAGAAGCAGAGGAAGAAAGAGGAGAAGAAGAAAGAGAAGAGGAGGCAAAAAAUGGAGGAAGGAGAGAUGAAGAAGAAAAGGCAUAGUUAUGACAGAAAGCACACGCAGCAUUGGAGGGAGGAUGGUAAUGAAAGAAGGGACUAUGAAUUUCAAGGAAUAGAGAGGACCAGUCCUUCAGAAGAGCUCAAGCAGCCUUCUACAUUAGACAGCUUAUAUGAAUCUUUUGACACCAGCCAGAGUGCCAAGAGGAAAAGACCUGAAAGUUGCCACAAUAAUGGAAGCAUUGUUUGGAUCGAUAUCCGAUUGCAAGAGCAUGAGGAUCAAGAACUGGUGUUUGGCAAACCAGUGUGCUCAAUUACAGCAAUGGAUUUUCUUGUCCAAGAGAAAUCUGAAUUGCCUAACAUUUGCACCAAAGAGCAGUUCUUUUCUACCUGGGGUGAGUCCACAACUACUGCCUUAGAAUUGGAUAGACCUGGUGUUGAGUUGUUCCAUUCCUGGCCUCAAACUGAGCUCGUAAGAGACGAUGGGAAGGCUGAAUUGGCUCUUAUAUCCCGAUACUCCGGAAGUGGCAGUGAGCGCCCAGAAAUUGAAAAUCUAGAGUGGCUCUACAAGACGAAGCCCGAGAGACUGCUUAGGAGUGAUUACACUGAAAUCUCUAGUGCUAGCAAUGAUAAAUGGUCUUAUCCAAUUUGUUCUCUAUACCCAACAGCUCAGUAUUUGGCCCAAGCUGACAUAUAUGCCUUGCCAUUUACAAUACCAUUCUAA